CGGCUAUAUAGUAAACAUGUAGUGGAAUAGUAGAAUAUUAUAAUUAUUGAACGAACGUUAUCGUUUUAUAUUAGCACAUACAUAUAAGUUUUGUUGAAGGUUCAUUAGGCAUUAGUUUCGGUCGGUGGACGGACGUCUUUCGUACUGGUUCACUCAUAAUAAGAAGAGCUCUAUCGAUAUUUUCUAUUAUAAUAAAAUUCUAAUUGUGUGAUCAUAAUGAUAAUUUCAAAUGUAAGUGGUUCCGUCCGGAACCAUGUUCGAAACCAGUUCAUCGCUCUUUCCAUAUCACGAGCGAGGUAUUCAUCAAAAGUUGAAUACAAACCAAUAAGAAGUGUUCUUGUAGCUAACCGAGGUGAAAUUGCAAUACGUGUAUUCAGAGCAUGUAAUGAAUUGGGUAUCAAGUCUGUUGCUAUAUAUUCAGAACAAGAUAAAAUGCAUAUGCAUAGAUUAAAGGCUGAUGAAUCAUAUUUAGUUGGAAAAGGAAAAGCUCCAGUAGAAGCAUACCUUGACAUACCUGAAAUUAUUCGAAUAGCAAAAGAAAACGAUGUUGAUGCUAUUCAUCCUGGUUAUGGUUUUCUAUCUGAGCGAUCUGAUUUUGCUCAAGCAGUCAUAGAUGCCGGAAUCCGAUUCAUUGGACCAACACCUCAUGUUGUACAACAAAUGGGUGAUAAAGUUGCAGCUAGACAAGCAGCUAUUGACGCUGGUGUUCCAAUUGUGGCUGGUACUCCUGGUCCAAUUAGAACAUCUGAUGAAGCUAUUGAAUUUUGUUUGAAACAUGAUUUACCAGUUAUUUUCAAAGCCGCUUUUGGAGGUGGUGGCCGAGGUAUGAGGGUGGUCCGGAAAAUGGAAGAUGUAAAAGAAAGUUUUGAACGUGCUAGCUCAGAAGCAAAAGCAGCUUUUGGAGAUGGUGCCAUGUUCAUUGAGAAAUUUGUUGAAAGACCACGACAUAUUGAAGUUCAACUUUUAGGUGAUCAAGCUGGAAAUAUUGUUCAUUUAUAUGAAAGAGAUUGUUCAGUACAACGUCGUCAUCAAAAAGUUGUUGAGUUGGCACCAGCUCCUCAUUUGGAUCCAAAGGUGAGAGAUUUAAUGACUGAACGUGCUGUAAAAUUAGCUAAGCACGUAGGUUAUUCAAACGCCGGUACUGUAGAAUUUUUAACAGAUAGUAAAGGAAAUUUCUAUUUUAUUGAAGUUAAUGCUAGACUUCAAGUAGAACAUACUGUUACUGAAGAAAUCACUGGUAUUGAUUUAGUACAAUCUCAAAUUCGGAUUGCGGAAGGUGUUACAUUGCCUGAACUUGGAUUAACACAAGACUCGAUUAAGCCUCAAGGUUUUGCUAUUCAAUGUCGUGUUACCACUGAAGAUCCUGCUAAAAGUUUCCAACCUGACACUGGCCGUAUUGAAGUAUUUAGGAGUGGUGAAGGUAUGGGUAUUCGAUUAGAUGGUGCUUCUGCAUUUGCUGGAGCAAUAAUCAGUCCAUACUAUGAUUCAUUACUUGUCAAAGUUAUUGCUCAUGCUGCUGAUUUACAAGCAUCUUGUGCUAAAAUGAACCGUGCUUUACGUGAAUUUAGAGUUCGAGGAGUAAAAACCAAUAUACCAUUCCUGUUAAAUGUAUUAACUAAUGAAAAGUUUGUAAAUGGAUCGGUUGAUACAUAUUUUAUUGAUGAAAAUCCUCAACUAUUUACACUCGAACCAUCUCAAAAUAGAGCUCAAAAACUACUUAACUAUUUGGGAGAAGUUUUAGUAAAUGGUCCUCAGACUCCAUUAGCAACCAGUUUAAAGCCUGCAAAUGUACACCCCAAUGUACCUGAAUUCCCUGCAGGUUUAAAUCCACCUCAAGGAUUUAAACAAAUUCUUACCAAAGAUGGACCUCAAGCUUUUGCAAAGGCAGUUCGAGACCAUAAGGGACUUUUGUUGAUGGACACAACAAUGAGAGAUGCCCAUCAAUCUCUUUUGGCCACUAGAGUCAGAUCUCAUGAUAUUCUACGUAUUGCUCCAUGGGUGUCGCAAAGUUUCCCAGGGUUAUAUUCAUUGGAAAAUUGGGGUGGAGCCACAUUUGAUGUUGCGCUUCGAUUUUUACAUGAAUGUCCAUGGGAAAGAUUAGCAGAUAUGAGAUCAGCUAUACCUAAUAUACCAUUCCAGAUGUUAUUGCGUGGGGCAAAUGCAGUUGGUUACACAAACUACCCUGAUAAUGUUGUCUUUAAAUUCUGUGAUCUAGCUGUUCAAGCUGGUAUGGAUGUGUUCCGUGUAUUUGACUCUCUUAAUUACUUACCAAAUAUCAUUCUUGGUAUGGAAGCAGCUGCUAAAGCAGGAGGUGUUGUUGAAGCAGCUAUUGCAUAUUCUGGAGAUGUAUCUGAUCCCACUAAAAAAAAAUACACUUUAGAUUAUUACAUAAAUUUUGUUGAUGAGUUAGUUAAAGCUGGUACUCAUGUAUUAUGUAUUAAGGAUAUGGCAGGACUUUUAAAACCUCGUGCUGCUACUAUGCUCAUUGGUGCUAUUCGUUCUAAAUAUCCCAAUUUACCUAUCCAUGUUCAUACUCACGAUACCAGUGGUGCUGGAGUUGCUUCUAUGUUAGCUGCAGCGCAAGCUGGUGCUGAUGUAGUUGAUGUUGCUGUUGACUCAAUGUCUGGCAUGACUUCACAACCUAGCAUGGGUGCUGUUAUUGCUUCAUUGCAGGAUACCGAAUUAGAUACAGGUUUGAACUUAAAACAGGUCUCUGAAUAUAGUGCUUACUGGGAGCAAGCAAGAACUUUGUAUGCACCAUUUGAAUGUACAACAACAAUGAAAUCAGGAAAUGCUGAUGUCUAUUUAAAUGAAAUUCCUGGUGGUCAAUAUACCAAUCUCCAAUUCCAAGCUUAUUCACUUGGAUUAGGAGAUUUCUUUGAAGAUGUUAAAAAAGCUUAUAGAGAAGCUAAUAUUUUACUAGGUGAUAUUAUUAAGGUAACUCCGUCUUCAAAAGUUGUUGGAGAUUUUGCUCAAUUCAUGGUACAAAACAAAUUAACUGCUAAAGAUGUACUAGAAAAGGCCGAAGAACUGAGUUUCCCCAAAUCUGUUAUUGAAUUUUUACAAGGUGGUAUUGGUGAACCAUACCAAGGUUUCCCUGAGCCAUUGAGAUCAAAAGUUUUGAAAGACAUGCCACGGAUUGAAGGACGUCCUGGAUGUACUUUACCUCCUCUAGAUUUUAACAAAGUUAAAUCUGAUUUACAAGAAAGAUAUCAAAAAGUCACUGAUUAUGAUGUUAUGAGUUCAGCCCUUUAUCCUACAGUCACUGAUGAAUAUUUGACAUUCAAGGAAAAGUAUGGACCAGUAGAUAAACUUGAUACUAGAAUAUUUUUGACCGGACCUAAAGUUGGAGAAAACUUUGAAGUAACAAUUGAAAAAGGUAAAACUUUAGCCUUCAAAACACUUGCAAUUUCUGAAGAGCUAACUGCUAAUGGUGAGAUCGAAGUAUUUUUUGAAAUGAAUGGUCAAUUACGGUCUGUGUUCAUACGAGACAAUGAAGCUUCUAAAGAGAUGCAUAUACAUCCAAAAGCAUCUAAAUCUGAUAAGGGACAGGUUGGAGCACCAAUGCCUGGAUCAGUAAUGGAUAUACGUGUGAAAGUAGGCGAUAAGGUCGAAAAAGGUGCACCAUUAGUUGUUCUAUCUGCAAUGAAAAUGGAAAUGGUGGUACAAUCACCUAUUGCUGGAACAGUUAAACAAAUUGAAAUAAAUGUUGGAAUGAAAUUAGAAGGAGAUGAUUUAUUGUUAUCCAUUGAACCAUAAUUUUGUUUAAAAAAUGAAUUUAUUAGAACUCAAUGCCUUUAUGUUUAUCAUCCCCCCCCUGAAAAAAAAACAGAUAUAGUUUUAA